AUGGGCUCCGCGACCAACAACCCUGUGGACUUUGGCGGCAACUAUGCCAUCCUCAACCUGGACUGGAUGUCCCUGCUGAUCAAGGCCGUGGAAAACACCCCUGAGGGCCAGGCAAUGAUCGCGAGCUGCUCCAGAUGGAACGUGGCCGUGCACCAGAAAUCCCCUCGCCCCCUUACUGUCUUCUCCACACUCUCCUUCUCUCCAGGCCAGCCGGAGGUCCAGCCCAACUCGCCAUUUGCAGACUUGCUUCGCCCGUACGGCGAGUUUGCACAAGGUACCCCUCCUGUGGAGAUCGACGAGCGCUUCCACCUUGAUGAGAAGGAUCUGGUCCUGCACAAGACCCGGUGGUCUGCGACUUCAGGGAAUGCCCUCGAGCAAAUCCUCAAGGCGCAGGGUAUCAAGACAGUUGUCAUUUCUGGCUUGAGCCUUUCAGGGGUGGUGAUGUCGACUAUCUACCGGUUGUUUGAUCUGGACUAUGAUAUCUACGUGAUCAGAGACAAUGUGGUGGAGUUACCUCCCGCCCAGAACACGGCGUUCUCAAACGUCCUUCUCGACAUGCUACUUCCUAAGAUGGGUUUGAAAGUGAUUUCUCUGGAGGAUGCACUGGAGGCGCUGAGUCGUUCGGAAAAAAGUGCGGAGCGGACAGUCUGA